AUGGCUGCCCAUCCGGCCGCAAAGGCCAUAAACACUCAAGAAAUCACCGACAAGGCUCGCAGAGAUUUUCUCCGUCUCCUGGAAGGUGUUCGGGGCAAGAAGAAUCUGGUCAUUGAAAAGUCCUUAGCUGGCACUAUCGGCCUGAUUGUCAAAUUCAGCACUCUCCAGGAGUAUGGCGUUGACAAGCUCUUCUUCUUGGAAAACCACAAUGUUGACUCCACACAACGAAACAUCAUUCUUAUGGUACGAGGCGAAGAUGCGAAGAAGAUCCGCAUGGUAGCAGAACAGAUCAAGCUCGUACGAAGCGAGAGCAAGAUCGACCACGACUUCUCCGUCAUCUGGGUGCCUCGCCGUACCCUUGUCAGCAACAUGAUCUUAGAAGAACAUGGAGUAUUGGGCGAAGCCAACAUAUCCGAGCUGGCUCUCAACUUCGUCCCACUGGAACAAGACUUGUUGUCACUGGAGUUGGAGGACUCAUUUGAAGACCUCUGUCUGAGAAAAGACCCCACCAGUAUAUUCGCGUCUGCCCAAGCUCUUAUGCUCUUACAAAAGCAAUAUGGCCUCUUCCCAAGGAUCUUAGGCAAAGGCGACAACGCAAAACGGCUGGCUGAUUUGCUACAGCGCAUGCGUAACGAGGAAGACGUCAGCACUGCGGCAGAUCCAAACAGCGUCCAUCUGACUUCGUUUGGUCUCACACCCAGCUCAUUGAUUGAGAACUUGAUCGUGAUCGACCGCGAUGUUGACUUUCCGACAGUACUGUCAACUCAGUUGACCUAUGAAGGUCUCCUGGAUGAAGUUUUCGGAAUUGCCAAUAACCACGCUGAAGUCGACUCGUCCGUGGUUGGUGCAGCACCCCAAUCACAGCAGCAGAAUGGCUCGACCACCACGCCGACUGCUGCCACUAAACGGAAGGUCCUGCUAGACGGCACAGACAAGCUAUACCCGGAGCUUCGAAACGCCAACUUUGCGACUGUCGGGCCAUCUCUCAAUCGUAUCGCGAGGAGGCUCGCUUCGGAUAAUGAGAGCAUGCACAACAAAGACCAGACAGUAGCAGAUCUCAAGAACAUUGUGCAGAAGCUGCCUUCAUACCAAGCAGAGUCAGCCAGCUUGAAGAUCCAAACAAGUCUUGCUGAAGAGAUCAUGAAAGCCACUCGCAGUGAGAGCUUCAGUCGGAUGUUGGAAGUUCAGCAGAAUCUAUUAGCAGGCACCGAUCCUGCCAGCCUGCAUGAGAACAUUGAGGAAUUGAUCGCUCGAGAUGCACCUUUGACCACUGUCCUGAGGUUACUAUGUCUCGAGAGUUGUCUAGCGAACGGCAUCCGCCAAAGAGACCUUGAUCAAUUCAAACGCCAGAUCUUGCAGGCUUACGGCUACCAGCAUGCCCUCACGCUCUCAGAUCUGGAUAAGAUGGGUCUUCUAUGCACACGAGAAAGCCAUCGAGGCUACCUCAACCCCAUCUCCAACACAGCCGGCCAAACCGCCACAGACUGGAACGCCGUACGGAAAUCGCUUCAACUUUGGAUCGACGAAGUACAAGAAGCCGAUCCAAACGAUGUAGCCUACGUCUUCAGCGGAUACGCACCUCUCAGCAUACGACUCGUCCAGGCGAUUCUCCAAAAGUCAUACCUGCAGCAGCUCGUCAACCCACGCAACGCUUCUUCAGCACCAGGAGGCACGGGUUGGAAGGGUUUCGAGGAUGCCGUGUCCCGCAUUCGAGGACCGAGUGUUGAUGUCACGCAAAAGGGCAGUGACGCGGAUGCUUCGAACGCGAGGAAGACGCUUCGAGGAAAUAAAGAGGGACCCAAAGUCAGCAUCGUCUUCUUCCUAGGUGGUGUGACGUAUGCAGAAGUCGCCGCGUUGAGGUUCAUCAGCAACCAGCUGGAGGCGAGCAGUGGACGGAAGCUGGUGAUCGGGACGACGUCAAUGUUGAAUGGCAAGAAGGCUGUCGAUGUAGCCAUCGAGCAGCGGGCAUUUGCUUCCUGA